AUGGCGGCGCCCCGUGUCCGAGCAGUGGCAUCAUUUCUGGGAAAAUGUGGAAAUUGCAGUUCAAACAUAAACACAGUAUCGUCGCAGUCAUGUCGGCAGGUACUUAGCAGGCAGAUAUGCGUAAGCUCUGCCCUUUCUCGGAAGAAUUUGGCAGCUGCAGGACCGGAGAAAUUCACAAUGGAGUUCAUCCAAAAGCAGAUUGAAGAGUAUGAAAUUGGGAAACGGCAUCUGGCAAACAUAAUGGGAGAAGACCCCGAGAACUUCACCCAGGAAGAUAUAGACAGGAGCAUCGGCUACCUGUUCCCCUCCGGCCUGUUUGAUAAGAAAGCCCGGCCCCUCAUGAAGCAUCCCGAUGAAAUCUUUCCGAAACAGAAAGCCGUCCAAUGGGGAGCCGACGGGCGCCCGUUCCACUUCCUGUUUUACACCGGAAAGCAGUCCUACUAUUCCCUCAUGCACGAACUGUAUGGCAAAAUGCUAAACGUGGAAAAGCACCAAGAUCGGCUGAGAGCCAAAGGACUCUUCUCCAGCGACGCCAAGAAGAUCUCUCUGGGAACCAGCAGGUGGCUCAGCAAGGAGGAGCUGGAGAUGUUGCUGGUGGAGACCAUCUCCACUCACGACUACGAUCGUUUCAUCCAGCUGAUGGAGCGCAUGCUGUCCAUGCCCUACAGCAGCACGGAGGAGCCGUUUAUCCUGCACUACCGUCGGCAGCUGGAGGCUCAGUCCAGAAACCAAGUGGUGCCGCCGCUGCAGAAGGAUGACCGGGGCGUGGCCUUCAGCACCUCAGAGGGUCGGAGGAAAACGUCCACCUCAUCCGUCGUCCUGCGGGACUGCGGCGCAGGACGUAUCACCAUUAACGGCAAAGACUACCUCCAUUACUUUCCCGUCCUACAAGACAGAGAGCAGCUGAUGUUCCCGCUCCAGUUCAUGGGAAUGCUGGGCCGCUUCGACCUGGAGUGCACGGUGAGCGGCGGCGGCCGGUCCAGCCAGGCGGGGGCGCUGCGCCUCGCCACCGCCCGCGCGAUGCUCAGCUUCCUGUCCGAGGCGGAGGGGGAGACGAUGAGGCAGGCUGGCCUGUUGACCCCCGACCCACGACUAACAGAGAGGAAAAAGCCAGGCCAGGAGGGAGCACGGCGUAAAUUCACCUGGAACAAACGCUGA